UACCCCCCAGCUGAUCCCAAUGUGUCCCCGCUCUCUCCCACUACCCCCCAGCGUUUCCAUCUCGCUGGUGCCCUUUAACUCCCAGCCCGGCCGCCUGCUCUGCUCCCUGAUGGAUUUCUACCCUGCCGAGAUCCAGCUGAGCUGCUCCCAGGGCCAGCAGGAGCUCUCGGGGCACGUGCUGGCCACUGCAGACCCCAGCGGGAACUGGAGCCAGCAGCUCCUGGUGCUGCUGGAAACCGCCCCCCAAUGCGGGCUCAGCUCCAGCUGCCAGGUGGAGCACGUCAGCCUGGAGCACCCCCUGAGCCGGCACUGGGAGAUGCUGCCGGACCCUGGCUGCAGCAAGAAGCUCAUGGGGAUCGGGGGCUCCAUGUUGGGCUUUGUGUUCCUGGUGCCGCUAGGGCUCAGCUUUUGCCUGCACAAGAAGCUCCUGAGCCGCCGCUGCUCCCCGUGGCCUUGGGCCCAGCUGGGCCCCCUGCUCUGUCUCCAUGAUGAUUUUCGAGGGGGUCGUGUGUCCCCCCAGCCCCGCCGUCACUUUGUCCCCGCCCCGCUGCUCCCCGAAAUCAAAACUGUGGAAUCACUGAGGUUGGAAAAGUCCUCCAAGACCAUCCAGUAUUCCUUGAUGCCACUAGAAGAUAGGAUUGAAUGA